AUGCCUGGGCGUGGGACACCCCAUUUUCGGCUGGUGCUCCAAUCGGAGAAAGACUUCUUUGUGAUGAAGCCCCGACUGGAGGAGAUCUCCAAACCUCCAGAGCUGGACUCCAUGGAGGAUGCGACUUGGGAUGCCUUUACUGCAAAGCUGAAGAACCUGAUCAAGGCGUACUGGAAUGAAAUUCUGCCAGGCCUUGGCCUCCUUCCGGCCAUCAUUGGUGGCAGUGUGUGCACCUUCCUAGCCUUCGGCAGCUUCGACAGCGCUGACGCCGACUCGACUGGAUCACAGAUUGCUGUCGCGUAUGCGUUAUGCAUUGCCGUGGCCUGCGGAAUAAGUGCUGGCAGCAACAUACUGAUCAAGAGAAGAAACCAGUACUUGGACACUCAAGUCCAGGAGCUCUGUGAGGAUCUCAGGUCUACAGUGCAUGGAGCCUUCACUGCGGAGUACAAUGUGGGUUUGGUGGGUUUGGCUUGUGGCGCUCAGAGCGGCAAACGAACACGCGAGCGGGUGAUUCUGAUUUCACCUGGGAUGGUCGUCAUGGAAGCAGUGGUUGUUCGAGAGCCGCCUGCGGGCUAUGCGGGCCAUGCGGGCCAAGCGACGAACUGUGUCGAGGGUGUACAGGAACAGCCCGUAAUUACAGCCAAGGUUAUUGGCUAG